AUGGCACCCAAGGAAAAAGCCCCUCUAGCGAGUUACAAGUACCUCACUACAGAAGAUCUCAACAACUUCCGUACCAACCUCAUCAAAACUCGUGAGAUGACUUCCAUCGUCGAUGCUGCCUUCCAGCAACUCAAUACUCAGAUUCACAACGUCAAUGCCAGUGGCGCAGUAUCAACUGCCAUCGACCCGAUCAAGAGAGAAAUCCGCAGAUGCAAGGAAGUUGUCGAGUCUGCUUUGGAAUUUGCUCGUUCCCAGGAGGAGGUCUCAGCAGUUCUGAUCGACCAAGGCCGCUCUGGUGAUGCUCUCACUGCCAUCAAUGAGGGUCUGGUGGCCAUUUCUGAACUGACCAAGCCUCUCGUCGGCAUCCGCGAUCGUCUCAACAACCUCAGUACCAAAGGCUGCACCGUGGUCACAGACGGCCUUCAGCAGUCAGGUUUCGACCAGGAAAUUGAGACAUGGGACACUACCGUGACCGAAUGGACUGGACGUAUGGCCAUGCCUACUUGGAAAGUCUGA